CAUAUACAUUAUAUAUAUAUUCAGAUGAUCAUGAUGUUCAGCGCAAUGCUGAGUCUAUUACUUGCGUUGGCAGUCAUAGGUGGUUGCCAGGCAAAAACAUCAGUCGGCUUGGAUGCGGCUCGGGAUCGCAAUCUGUUGGCUGCCGAUCUCUACAAUGCGAUCGGAGCGGACCGACUCAAUGAGAACAUUGUGAUUGGCACCGCCGUCAUUCAGACCUCGAUGGCGUUGGCCUUUUACGGUGCCAAGGGCCAGACGGCCAUUGAGCUGAAGGAGGGCAUGCGUUUGGGCAUUGGCGAUGGAGAUCAGGUGUCACAGCGCUUUGGCAGCUUCCAGCAAUCGCUGACGCGCGACAACAAUCUUCGACUGGCAAACAACAUCUACAUCAAUGAGAACCUCGAGUUCAAGGGCGCGUUUCGCGAUGUCGCCCAGCGUCAGUUCGACUCGAACAUUGAAAAGCUGGAUUUCCAUCCGCCAUACAACAAGCGCACUGCGGACGGCAUCAAUCGGGCAAUUGCGACCAAGACAAAUAAUCAAAUCCAGGACAUACUCAAGCCGGAGCUGCUCAACGAUCGCACCGACGGCGUCAUGGUGAACGGUGUGACAUACUCGGCACCCUGGCAGAAGGCCUUCAAGCUAGACAAGACGGAAAAGCGCUCCUUCCGCACCAGCAGUGGUCAGUCGGUUCAGGUGGACACCAUGUGGACACUGAACCACUUCAAUUAUGCCGAGGUGCGCAGCCUCGAUGCCAAGGUCCUCGAGUUACCCUACCAGAACUCAGAGUUCUCCAUGCUGGUGCUGUUGCCCAAUCGUAAGGAUGGACUCCGUGCUCUGCAGCAGAGUCUCGUGGGUAAGAAUCUGCUCAGUGAGCUCAGUGAGAUGAGUAUGCACAAGGUGGAGGUGGAGCUCCCCAAGUUUAGUGUGACGUUUGGCGUUAGCCUCGAGCAACCCUUCAAGCAGCUUGGAGUUACGACCAUGUUCUCGCGUGCCGGCGACUUUGGCAACAUGUACCGCAUGUUUGUUAGCCACUUCAUCAACGCCGUGGAGCACAAGGCUCAUGUGGAGGUCUCCGAGGCGGGCGUGGAACAGCCCCUGGAAUCGGGUUUGCUCAAGGGCCUGUUCUCGCGCAACAAGAAAUUUGAGGCGGAUCAUCCGUUUGCAUUUGCCAUCAAAAAUAGAGAUUCCAUUGUCUUCAUGGGACAUGUGGCCAACUAUGCCUAUGUGUAAAGCAACCCGCUUGCCCCGCCACUUUGCAUAGAGGUGCAAAUUAAAUACUCGAAUUGUUUGUUUUUACUCCAUGUAUGCAAAUUUGAUAAACACUCGAAUUAAAGCAAAUAAAUUUCGAUGGCGCAAGUUAAAACAAA